AUGUCGAACGAAGCGGCGGAUCGCUGGCGAGACAAGCCUGCGGGCGAUAUUGCCGGUGAGUUACGCCGACUUACUAACACGUUGACGAACUGGGGUGAGCACCAGUUAGCCGCGGAUAUGCGGAAGAUCUUGGGAGAGGUCGAGGAAUUCGACCCCAAAGAGCCCAUCAACGUCUUUAGUUUGGCCUUAUCGGCCGAAUUUCUCAUCCAUGAAGUUGCGCGUCUGUCGCGUGAUUUCACCAGGGGAUUCACACACGAUAGCGGAGAAUUCGCGGCCGUGGUCAAGAGUGCGGCCUUCAAGAAAGCGGCCGAUGUCCCCAAUCCAAAACAGAAAAAGAAAGAUCCACUACUUCUAACGGAGGUUCAAAAACGCCACCGAGAGGAGCGCCUAGAGGCGCACCAACGGGCUGGAACCGACAACCCCGAACUCGCUGCUACGGAGGAUGUAGAUUGGUCGUACUGCCACCUUGGGGACACGGAACAUCAGUUACCGUACAUCUUGGAGGAGUUACAGGGCCUCAAGGAAUGGAAGGACCGUGAUUUUAGUAUCGACAAACCUCCAACUCCGAUCCUCGAUCGACUUCACUUCCUCUUGGAAGAUUCAGACACAACGAUAACCCUCGAGGAGUUGACGGCUUUCAACUUCCCGUAG